AGAGAAGGGGAGAGACAGAGUACAGCUAUGAGGUUCAGGCAAUAUAUUAACCUUUACCUAUCUAUAGUCAUGAUGCUGAACUCCUCAUCUCUGAGCCUUCUAUUGAACUACUCCUCUGCCUCGUCCACUUCCUCGUCCUGUCGUCUGUGGGAGCAGUUCAGUCUGAAUGGGAUGUACCAGAAGGGUGAUGUGAUUCUGGGAGGUCUGUUUGAGGUCCACUACUUCACUGUGUUCCCUGAGCUAUCUUUCACAUCAGAACCCCAGCAGCUCUACUGUGAGGGGUGAGUAUUCAUCUACUGGACUGGACUGGACUGGAUGUGUGUCUGCACCUCUACUAAAAAGGACAGAUAGACAUCCCUACUAUAAGAAGCCUCACUAUGAUCAGUGUUAACCAACCCUGGUGCCGGAGACCAACUGGGUUCUUGUUACAUUGGUGAAUAGUACAUUGCGGUUUCAAAAUAUAUGUGAAUAAAUCGUGUGUAUUCCAUUGUUUUCAAUCAUUAUUCCUGUUUUCUAAGCAAAUGUACCUUUAAGAUAAAAGCUAUUUUAUUAUCUAUUCUUGACAAAAGUAACUUGUUUUCUCCUCUCAACCCCUUAUGACAACACUCUCACACACACCACUUAAGAGGUGCACAGGGUUCAACACCUCUAGAGCGAUUUAAAACAUUUACAAAUUGAUUGAAUGUUCCUUUUCAGUUUUACCAGUUUUGGUUUCCAGCAGGCCCAGACUAUGGCGUUUGCUGUAGAUGAGAUCAACAGAAACCCUGACCUUCUGCCAAACAUCACGCUCGGAUACCAACUCUACGACAACUGCCAGAAGUUGGGCGUAUCGCUCCGUGCUGCCAUGUCAUUGGCCAGUGGGACAGAGAAAGAGUUCCUAUUGGAUGAGACUUGUUCUGGGUCACCCCCGGUGCUAGGGAUUGUGGGAGACCCAGGGUCCACACACUCCAUCGCCAUCUCCAGUGUCCUAGGGCUGUUCCGGGUUCCCAUGGUGAGUCAUUACGCCACGUGUUCCUGUCUGAGCGACCGGGGAAAGUACCCAUCCUUCUUCAGAACCAUCCCCAGUGACGCCUUCCAGGUGCGAGCCAUGAUCCAGAUCCUACGUCGGUUGGGUUGGACCUGGGUGGGACUGGUGUUCAGUGAUGAUGACUACGGAGUUCAUGCUGCCCGGUCCUUCCACUCAAGCCUGGCCGAGUCAGGGGGCUGUGUGGCCUAUUCCCAGGUCCUGCCCAAAGACAACCGCCCCACUGAGCUGCAGAGGAUCGUGGGAGAGAUCAAGAGCUCCUCUGCUCGUGUGGUGGUGGUGUUCUCCGUUGAGGCCUACCUGCUCCCUCUGGUGGAUGAGGUGGUGGUGCAGAAUGUGAAGGGUCUCCAGUGGAUUGCCAGUGAAGCCUGGUCCUCCUCCUCUGUGUUUCACACCCCCCGUCUCAUGCCCUACCUUGGGGGUACCCUGGGUAUCGCCAUCCGUCGUGGAGAGAUACCCGGCCUCAGGGACUUCCUGCUUAGCAUCCGCCCCGACGACCAACCUGACAAUAACCCUGGAAACAACAUGGUGAGACAGUUCUGGGAGGCUGUGUUUGGGUGCAGGUUGGAGCCCCCAGCAGGUUGGGUGGAGGCUGGGGGUGAUGUAUGUACAGGUCAGGAGGACCUGAGGGAUGUGGAGACCAACUAUGGGGACGUGUCUGAGCUCAGACCGGAGUAUAACGUGUAUAAGGCAGUGUACGCCCUGGCCCAUGCCCUGCAUGACCUACUGCAGUGUGUGCCAGGGAGAGGACCUUUCAGUGGGCACAGCUGUGCCAGUCUAGGGAGACUGGAACCCUGGCAGCUGGUCUAUUACCUGGAGAGGGUUAAGUUCACCACAGGGUUAGGUGAUCGCGUUUCUUUCGAUGACAACGGGGACGCCUUGGCCAUCUAUGACAUCAUGAACUGGGUGUGGCUCCAGGAUGGGAGCGUUCAGGUGGAGAAUGUGGGUGUGAUGGACGAAUCAGCCCCCGCAGGACAAGAGCUCACACUGGACGAGGACAGAAUUUUCUGGAACUUUGAGUCAAAAAAGCCUCCACGAUCAGUGUGCAGUGAGAGCUGUCCCCCAGGCACCCGUGUAGCCAGGAAGAAGGGGGAGCCUGUCUGCUGCUUCGACUGCAUCUCCUGUGCUGAAGGAGAGGUCAGCAACACCACAGACUCGGCCAAGUGCUCGAGGUGUCCAGAGGACUUCUGGUCCAGCCCGGAGCGUGACCUCUGCAUCCCUAAGAGGGUUGAGUUCCUCUCCUACCAGGAAGCACUGGGAAUCUCCUUGAUGACCGCCUCAUUGCUAGGAGCCCUCAUCUGUGCAGUGGUCCUCGGAAUCUUCACCCGCUACCGGAACACGCCUGUUGUCAAGGCCAACAACUCUGAGCUCAGCUUCCUGCUUCUGCUGUCACUCAAACUCUGCUUCCUGUGCUCGCUGCUGUUCAUUGGCCGGCCCCGGCUAUGGACGUGUCAGCUGAGGCAUGCAGCAUUUGGUAUCAGCUUUGUUCUCUGUGUCUCCUGUAUACUGGUGAAGACAAUGGUGGUGCUGGCUGUGUUCAGGACCUCUAAGCCCGGGGGCAAUUCCAGCCUGAAGUGGUUUGGUGCUGGGCAGCAGAGAGGAACAGUCCUGGUUCUCACCUCAUUCCAGGCUGCUAUCUGCACAGCCUGGCUGAUUUCAGCCUCUCCAACUCCAUACAAAAACAUGCGCUACCAUAAUGAUAAGAUUGUAUAUGAGUGUGUGGUGGGGUCGGUAGCAGGGUUCGGAGCGUUGUUAGGCUACAUCGGCCUCCUGGCGUUCCUUAGCUUCCUCUUGGCUUUCCUGGCAAGGAAUCUUCCAGACAACUUCAACGAGGCCAAGUUCAUCACCUUCAGCAUGCUGAAUUUCUGUGCUGUCUGGAUAUCCUUCGUCCCUGCGUACAUCAGCUCUCCUGGGAAGUAUGCAGAUGCUGUGGAGAUAUUCGCCAUCUUAGCUUCCAGCUUUGGCAUCCUGGUGGCGCUGUUCGGCCCAAAGUGUUACAUCAUCCUGCUGAGGCCAGAGAGGAACACCAAGAAGGCUCUGAUGGGCCGGGCCUCAACCAAGACAUAGGGAGAAUCUUCGUUCCAUUUCCUUGAUUACUCACAUCCUCUCUCCUCGCUUUCAUCUCAAAGCCAAUUAGAUUAUUAGGUCAGGGGGGGCGGGAUAUCUAACCUUCUCAUUAAUUGGGUUUUGAAAAGGAGACAGAGGAGAGAGGACACAAGGAAUCACGGAAAAGUAAUUGAGAUUCUCCCAUAGGCUCAAUACCAUAACAGCAGUUUACAGUGGAUUCCUCUCCUCGUCUUCUUCACGUCCUCUGUGCUGAUCUGAAAUAUGAACACUAGGUGGAGAUACUAUGCCUGCUAGGGAUUUGCUUCACAAUCUGUCAUGCAAAGAAAGGAAAGGAGACAUGUAUAGUAACAGAGUUUGAUGGUCUCAAAUAGUUUGAUGUAGCUCCUUUUAGUUUCCACUUCUGUUUGUAGUUUGAUGGCAAUAAAUGAAAUCAAAGAGAUUUGUUUUGUUAGCUCUCUAGUGAUGUGUAGUAGCAUGUUAUUGAUUAUAAUUAUGAUGUUCUGUGACUAAAUAUUAUUUCCUUGGCCUGUUAAGUAGGCUUUGAAUGUAUUUAAUUUGUCUGUGUGCGUGGCUUUAAUCUUCUAUGGGAUAGGUUAUCCCCGAUAAGUGGGUUUCUGCAUCGAAAAGCUUUCAAUUUAAUCAUCACAUUGUGUGGAACAGCUUAACUUCCCUGUUCCUUCUCAAGGAUUCUGCUGCCACACUUAUUCACCAAUGAAUUAAUUAUUCAUUAAUGCACAUUUUCAUUUAAUAAAACAGUUUGACCUGAAA